AUGGCAGUCCCACAAGUAAUAAUUCAGCUUAGACACAAGCCAAAAGAUGAAAAAAUUCCUAAGAGAUAUAGUGGUGGUAAGAGAGUUAACAUUACCGUCACAAAAUCUAAUUACCCUCUUGGAUCUGACUUCCUCAAGUUUACUCAUGAAUAUAAGGCUUCUGAUGGAAGAAAAAAUCAACCAUUCACACUAUUGGCAGUAAUUGAUGAUCAGAGAAAUAAUCUAGGAGCUAUAGGAAAUAACGUGGAAAAUGUUUCCGCUUAUUAUUGGAAGCAUAAUCUUACUAAGGCUCUACUAGUGGAAGUGGUAUCUAGUGGAAAAAGUGGGACUAAGUAUUAUGCCAGGGGUACUAGCAGAAAUCAAUGGACCUCAUUUACUGUAUCUUCAGGCUCUCAAUCUAUCCAACUCCAGCCUACACUUCUUGAGGAGAAACUAGAUGAACUAGUUUGUGAACAUCACAAUGCAGUCACAAUGGAUAUUACCCAAAACAAUUCUAAGACUUAUGCUGGUAGAACGUACUGUUGUUACAAGCAUUAUGGCCAAAGAAAGGUCUCCGUUUCUGGUGAUAAAGUUUCCUGUGUGCAACAUAGCUCAAGCUCUAUUACAUACUACAAACAUGAAGCUAAUGCUGGUAAAUGGAAGGUAGCAGCUAUUAAGUACUAUAAUAGUGGUCCUAAUACUCAUAGGAUAAGAAUAGAGAUUCCUGGCCUUAACUUUCCUACCAAACAAUCAGGAAAAGUUACAGUUUAUGUUUUCUACUCCGAUAAUAGUAGGAACCCUGUUCUAAUAUAUGUUGACUCAUCUGGGACAAGGCCUAGUGUUAAAGGUUGGUACAAGCAAAAUACUGGUGGUAAUACAUGGGAAAAUGCUCCUGCUAAUCUCAACAACAUAACACCAGAAGAUUUAGAGAAUAAGGGGCUUGACUGUAAGGAUAAUGAGGGCUUUAAACAACUUGUAAAAACUUUAAGAGAACUUGGAUGUUAUGGCUUGCAACAAUGUACUAUUGAUCCAGCACAUCUUGGACAGAAUGGAGUUCAACGUGAGGAAGUCCCAGCAGCUGACUUAUCUGACCAGGUUCCUGAUACGGAGUCUGAGACUAAGAUUCUUCUACAAGGUACUCCAGUGGCUCAGAUGGCUGAAGAUGCUAUAGAUGGUGAAAGACUAAAACCUACUGCUCCUGUUGUUCAAGCUCUUACUCAACUAGGCCAAGAAGGCUUCAACCUUACUGAUUGGGGUCCAGAGAACAUUCUUGGAGCCUUUGCUGGCGUUUUUACAGCAUCUGUCAUAACUACUUUUGCAUCAUGGAAACUUUAUAAGGCCUACCAAAAUUACUCUGACCCUUGGGUUCGGCAGAUCUGA